CACUCACCAACCGGAGCCCUCACCCGCGCUCCUCACCAGCGGAUACACGCACCCUCACACACCGAUGCCACCGCCUCUAACCUCGUAACACAUGUCACCAUGUCCGCCAAAUUGAAACUCAACACCACUGGCAAGGCCAGCUCUCCAACCCCGAGCGCCGCCAGUGCAACCGCAACUCCAGCAUCAGGCAGCGGCUUCAAACUCAAGCUCCACGCCUCCCAGCCUCCGACCCCAGCAACAGAGACCCCCGUCUCAGCCGGCCCAGCGAAGAGCGGCAAAGCAGCAGCUGGGAAGAAGCGCGCAGCAAACGACGACACCAUCUCCCCCGCUCCCAAACGCCCCAACAAGAAGCAAGGCACAGGCCCUUCCCUGGCUCGCAAGAUCUCCAUCAAACUCGGCCCGGGUCCAAGUGCUGCUGCGGCACCCGUCCCGUCCACCCGCGGCAUUAUCAAACUGCCCCUCAAGAAGAAAUCCGCCGCAUCGCAGCCCAAAGUGCGCGGUAUCAUCGUCCGAAACAACCACCCUCCCCCUCGCAUUCCCGGCCAUGGAUACGACAGCGAAGACAGUGAUGCAGAGGAAGACCCGGCCGUCCAACAAGCCUUCAUCCUCCGCAUGGAACCGGGUGAAGACUGCGAAUACAUCCGGGAGGCGAUUGCGAAUGGCAAGAUCGGCCUGCCACCCGACCAAAACCCCGCUGCGGUGUCGUUACGCUUCCUUGAUAAGGACUAUAGGCGAGCCAUCGUCAACGUACGCGGAAGAAUGUAUGCGGCGGCGAUGGUCGAUCUACCGUGCGUUGUAGAGACGAUGAAGAGCUGGGAUCGGAAGGGCUGGUGGAAGGUAGCGGACGUGUGCCAGAUGCUUCUCGUCCUGGGGCCUGUCGCGAAUGAGGAGCAAGCUAAAAAGCACGCGCUGCCCCGCGAAGUGGAUCCGGAAACGAUGCAGUACGCCCACGGCCUGACGCCUCCCAUGAAAUACGUGCGAAAGCGAAGAUUCAGGAAACGCCUCAGCUACAAAACAAUUGCGAACGUAGAAGAAGAAGUCGAGCGCCUGCUGAAAGAAGACGAACUCGCCGAGCUCAACGGCGGCGAAGUCACACUGGAAUACAUCGACCGCUCGGACCUCGAGCGCGGCGCAGACCGCGACACGCCCAUGUUCGAAGACGAAGAAGGCAACGCCAUCGAGACCGCCAUGUUCGACGAAGACGCCAAAGCCUCCGCCACCCCCGUCGCCGCAGACCUCAUCUCCGACUCCCCCGCUCCCAUCGCAGACCAAGCCGCGUCUUUCUCCGCCGUAAAAAACGCCGUCAACGGUGCAGCCGGCCUCGCAGCCGGCGCCGACGCGCAAACUUCCGAUGAAGACGCGCCCGCCUCAUCGGAUGAAGACGACGACGACGACGAAAGCGACGCCGACUCCCCGGACGUCAUGGACGAGGACGCCGCCGCGGCCGCCGCAGAGCGCAAUCAGCAAAUGCAAGAGGUCGCGGAUCUGGAGAAGGAGGUUGAGGCGCAGCGGGUGAAGGUGAGCAAUACGACGAACCAGUUGUUGAAGCAGCGCGCUGUGGCGCAAUUGCGGGCUUUGGAGGAGGAUUUGCGGGUGAAGAGGGAUGUGCUG